UCCUAUAACUGCCUUUGUCUACGUACAUAUACCCUCUCCUCUUCUUCACUUUCCCCUAAUUUUCUCUCUCUCUCUCUCUCUCUCUCUCUCUCUCUCUCUAGCGAAGAACCAAUGGAGGACUCCGCUAUAGACCAAUCAUCGGCCCCCGCCAUUGCCGGGAGAUCAUCGUCCAAACUUCGGUAUCCACUGAGAUCGGCCGCUAAACCGAAGGACGAGAAGCCGCCGCCGCCGGCCGAAUUGUCAAACUCUUCCGUUCCUAGAAGGGGAAGAUCUGCAUCAAAUGUAAGUCAGAGUGUGAGUGUCCUUGAUCUCUCUAGCAAGGAAAAGUCAGGCAAGCCUCCAAGAAGGCUCUCAAUUCCAGCCAAGUCAACUGUUAGCCCUGUUCCAAAAACUGUGGGCGAUAUUACGCCAAUCUUGGAGGCUAGCGCAAGAAGUUCUGUUCGUAUUUGUGGGAAAAAUGGCACACCGGUUUCUGAUGUUCCAAAGUCAUCCAACAGAAAGAAGUUCAGUAUUCUGUUAUCAGCAUCGUAUUGGCUAUCACAGAUUAAGCUCUCAGAAUGCGCUGCUAAGCACACUAUUUCACUUGGUUUCUUCAAACUGGCUUUAGAGGCUGGAUGUGAGUCUAUUCAAAGAAUGAGGGAUGAGCUAAAAUCCUAUGCACAGCGACAUAACUUAGCUGAGCUUGGAGAACCUGUGAAAGAAUUGUUUGAAAGCUACGGUAUUUCAGAAAAAUCUGAGCAGUUGCAAGUCUCUGAAAUCUGUUCCCAAGCACCUGAAGAGGGAACACGGUCAUCUGAUGAUGACGUACACAGCUCUUCUUCUGGAACCAGAACUGGGAAACUGAAACCAAAGUCUUCGAGUACUACUAAUAAUGCUACGCAAGUUUCCCCAGCCAAAGAAUCGGCCAAGAAUACUCGAAUAGAUAAACCAGGAACGAGGACCAGAGGAUCAUGGAAUAGGAAUUCUGCGGAUGCAAAAUCUGGUUUGAUAACUGCAGGGCGUAACGCAUCUAAGAAAUCCCAGAAGCCUACUAAACAAGAAUCUAAUGAUAAGAUUAAGAGGCAAGGAGAGCAAGCAGCUAGUGAACAAGAUUCAGCCAACCCUUGUCAAGCAAACGAAGCACUCCAAGAAAACAAGGAAAAUAUGAAUGCUCCUCAGGUGGAAGAGAUCAGUUUGACUGAAGUCUAGACUGAAUCCUGCGCCAAGCAUGCUGAACUAUCCAAUUCUCAUGUUCUUAUUCGAUUGUUUUCGAUGUUCUUUGUGAAGGUUUUUAGUUUUUCGGGUAUAGAUAGGACUAUUUUGAAAUGCUUCUGUGUGUUUUCCCAUGUGUUUGCUAAUUGUAUUGAAAUUGUUUUCGCCUGAUUCGGGAAUUAUUCCGGGCUUGAUUUUUGUGCAUAAGGUAUGAUAUGGUUUUUAUCUUUUGGUUGUAUUA